GGUUUCUGUGGAGCUGUGGCGGUGCCGGCUUCGAGCAUCCCUGCCCUGGCAGGCUGGGGGACUCCGAGGCUGCAGCUCCGGCGGUCAGCUCCGGAGAGGACAUGUCCAAUGAUGAUGAUGCUGCCCCCACAGCUGCAGAGGCAGCAGGUGACAUCCACCUGCUGGGCUUCUCGGAUGAGAUCCUCCUGCAUAUCCUGAGCCAUGUCCCCAGCACAGACCUGGUUCUCAAUGUGCGGCGCACCUGCCGGAAGCUCUCGGUCCUAUGCCUGGACAAGAGCCUGGUGCACACUGUGCUGCUACAGAAGGACUACCAGGCCAGUGAGGACAAGGUGAAGCAGCUGGUGAAGGAGAUUGGCCGAGAGAUCCAGCAGUUGAACAUGGCGGGCUGCUAUUGGUUGUCCGGCUCCACCAUCGAACACCUGGCCCGCUGUCACAGUCUGGUAAAGAUGAACCUGUCAGGCUGCCACCUCACCUCCCUGCGACUGUCCAAGGUGCUUUCGGCCCUGCAGCACCUGCGCUCCCUGGCCAUUGAUGUGAGUCCCGGCUUCGAUGCCAGCCAGCUGAGCAGUGAGUGCAAGGCCACCCUGAGCCGUGUCAGGGAACUCAAGCAGACACUUUUCACACCAUCCUAUGGUGUGGUGCCCUGCUGUGCCAGCCUGCAGAAGCUGCUGCUGUACUUCGAGAUCCUGGACCGCACACGUGAGGGUGCUGUCCUCUCAGGCCAGCUCAUGGUGGGCCAGAGCAAUGUCCCCCAUUACCAGAACCUGCGUGUCUUCUAUGCCCGCCUGGCCCCUGGCUACAUCAACCAGGAGGUGGUGCGGCUCUACCUCGCCGUGCUUAGUGACCGCACGCCUGAGAACCUGCAUGCCUUUCUCAUCUCUGUCCCUGGCAGCUUCGCAGAGAGUGGGGCCACCAAGAACCUGCUGGACUCCAUGGCUCGCAACGUGGCCUUGGAUGCCCUGCAGCUGCCGAAGUCGUGGCUGAACGGCUCCACCCUCCUCCAGCAUAUGAAAUUCAACAAUCCCUUCUACUUCAGCUUUAGCCGGUGUACGCUGUCAGGUGGUCACCUGAUCCAGCGGGUCAUCAAUGGGGGGAAGGACCUGCGCAGUCUGGCCAGCCUCAACCUCAGUGGCUGUGUGCAUUGCCUGUCUGCAGACUCGUUGCUCCGUAAGGCAGAGGACGACAUUGACAGCAGCAUCCUGGAGACGCUGGUGGAGUCCUGCUGUAACCUGCACCACCUCAACCUCUCAGCUGCCCACCACCACAGCUCCGAUGGCCUGGGCCGCCACCUCUGCCAGCUCCUGGCCCGCCUCUGCCACCUGCGUUCCCUCUCCUUGCCCGUCUGCUCCGUGGCCGACUCAGCACCCAGGCCUGACCGUGCGCCUGCCCCGCCGGCAAUGCAUGCAGUGCCCCGUGGCUUUGGCAAGAAGGUGCGCAUUGGGGUGCAGGCCUUUCCCAGUCCCUUCCUGGGCCAGUCGUCCGCCCAGCCUGCCUCUGUGUUCUGGUCUCUGCUGAAGAAGCUCCCUUUCCUGGAGCAUCUGGAACUGAUAGGGUCCAAUUUCUCCUCAGCCAUGCCCCGCAACGAGCCUGCCAUCCGCAACUCCCUCCCGCCCUGCAGUCGGGCACAGAACGUCGGGGACUCAGAGGUGGCUGCCAUUGGCCAGCUGGCCUUCCUGCGGUAUCUGACACUAGCGCAGCUGCCAGGCAUGCUGACAGGCUCUGGACUGGUGAGCAUUGGCCUACAGUGCCAGCAGCUUCAGUCUCUGUCGUUGGCCAACCUGGGCAUGAUGGGGAAGGUGGUGUACAUGCCUGCUCUUGCUGACAUGCUGAAGCACUGCAAGCGGCUGAAGGACCUGAGGCUGGAGCAGCCCUAUUUCAAUGCCAACGCACAGUUCUUCCAGGCACUGGGCCAGUGUUCAUCUCUGGAGCGCCUGUGCCUGGUGUCUCGAAGUGGUACCGUGCAGCCGGAUGCCGUGCUGGCCUUUAUGGCCCGUUGCCUGCAUGUUGUCGUGUGUCACAUGUUCACUGGAGAAUCCCUCACCACCUGCAAGAGCCUGCAGCAGUCACUCCUCCGGAGUUUCCAGGCUGAGAGGCCCGCAUUGAACGUCGUCAUCUUCCCCCUGCUCCACGAGGGCCUGACAGAUGUCAUCCGAGAUGUCCCCAUGGUGCACUUGGACGAGAUCACCUUAUUUAAAAGCAGAGUGGCUGAGGAGCCACCGAACUUGUGGUGGUGAGAGGUCUGUCUGGCCCCAGCCCCGCCACUCCUGCAGCAGAGCUUCUUCAUGUCUGAGUCUCCACAAGGGUCCAAGAAACCAGGAGAGUGGGUCCUUGCCUUGUGACAGAAAGAAAGAGUUUGUGGUUGUUCCGAGACAUUCACGCCAGUCCCCCAGGUUCCCUCUCCCUCUCAGGGGUGUGCUUGGGCAUGGUGACUAGUGAUGAGGUGACCAUGACGGAGAGCAGUGGACGAGCCAUCCUGGCCUUCAGGGCCUGGCCACACUCCCCAGUCCCCCCACUCACUUCAGUCUGGGGACUGUCCCUUUGUCCAUGGUCAUCUACAGUUGAGCUCAGUCAUGUGAUUGUGUCUACGUGGGGUCAGUGUGGGCCGGGCUCUCACUGUGACCUCCCCACGAUGACAUCUGUGAGCCUUUGGCUCCUUUCCUAUUGACACUAGGGCAUGGUCUAAUGUGUGUGUGUGUGAGGCCCUGGGUUCCAUCCCCACCCCAAAAAAGAAAAUGUUUUAACCCAAUGAUGUCUCUGGGAUGUUUUCAGCCUAAUGAUGCCUGUGCCAGAGGGUCCCCUGGGCAGGAACUGUGGGAUGGCAUCAUUCCUGAGCUGAGCCUGAGGAGCUGGGCCUGUGUCUCGCAAGUGCUCACUUCUCCCCUUCGUUCCUGGGCUUCUGCUUAAAAACUCGAGGUGCUGUGGAGGUCUGAACGCUUCCUGGGAAGUCCGCACCCUCUGGCCUCAAUAGAAUAGCUAAAAACAGUGAAAGCCAGAGUGGGCAUUACAGAGAUUCACUGAGAGCCGUGGGUGCGACUUGAGUUAGAGGGUGUGCAUGGACCGUGGUUUCUGACCCCAGCACCUUCAUGGCGGCUCACACCUGUAAUCACAGCAUUCAGGAGGUCAAGGAUAACUUGGGUUAUCCUCAGGUAUAUAAUUGAGGUAGAGGCUAGCAUAGGCUACUUAAGACCCUGUCUUAAUCUUGAUAAACCAAAAAAGGAAAGAAGAGGGAGGACCCAGUGUUUGUGGCCUCACCCCAUUCCUCACACUGGUGAGACUAAGAGUCUGUAACCCUAGAGGGGCCUGUGAGCCUGUAGACUCCUGCCUGGGCCUCUCUUGGUGAAGGGUCACCCAUACACUGUGGGCAUUGAUCCAGGUAACUUCCAGUCGGGACACCUCAGUCCACGCAGGGCCAGCAGGCCUCGCGUGCUGCUGUGACCUUCACAGACUCAGCCUGCCCUGUCCCUGCCCAUCCUUGGCUACUGGUCCUCCGAAGCUGUGGUCUCCUUGGCAACUGGUCCUCCGAAGCUGUGGUCUCCUCAGCUUCCCUUCUUGGUAAGGAGCGAGUGAACUGGCCUCUGGGCGCGUGCCCUGUGGUCUCAGGCAGGCUGUGCCUGGCAGCGGGAGCCUGUGGAGGCCUGGGGGCUUCUGACCUGGCUCUGGGUACAGCAUUAGGGAAACAGCCCUCAGGCCCAGGCUCUGCCUGCCCCCUGCUGUUCUAGCCCCAGUGUUUAACAUGGUCUGCAGUGCCAAGCCCUCCCUUCUCAUCCAGUCUCUUGCCUGAGGGAAUCCUCCCUCUCUCCCAGAGGGAUCCUUCUGUCUGUAGGCUGAUCCCAGGGGAUAUUCACCCCAUCCCCGCAGCCCUUGCCUUCACAGACCUAACGUGCUUUCUGAGAGCUGUGAGCCUGUCUUACCUUUUCCUGGCAUUGCAGGCCAUGAGACCGGCUGCCAAGAUUCCAGGGCAGACUGAGGGCCCACACAGCUGUAGACAAGGGUCCCAGAGGUGGUGGAACUCCUUCCCCAGUUUCUGGGUGUGUCUUUAAAGCAUUAAGCUGACACCUGAAGGCUACCAUGUAGGCUGUCCAGGACCAAGUGCUGCUUGUCCUUAAAAUGAGACAAGCUGGUCACAGCCUGAGGGAGGCAGGUUGCUUGGAGGUGUCAGGUCCCAAGAGUCCUGUGAUUUCUUCCUUUGAAGGAAGUUCCACUCAGCUGGGUGUGGUGGUGCAGGCUUUAAUCCCAGCAUUUGGGAGGCAGAGGCAGGUGAGUUUGAGGCCAGCCUGAUCUAUAUCAUGAGUUCUAGACCAGCCAGGGCUAUAUAGAAACCCUAUCUCAAACAGCAACAACAAUAAAACCACACAACAAAACAACAAACGGCAGCCCUGUUCAGACAGGAAAUUACCUUUCUGCUGGGAUUGUAUCCCAAAGGCCAGAGCUGUCCUGUCAAUCCUGUGGAUAGGCAGGUCUUGGGAGCCAGCAGUUUUUGCUAGUGGCAUCAUUUGUAUUCAGAAACUGGGCUGACAGGGAGGGGGCCUGGUUGCAGGAGGCUGGGGAAGCACCCUCAAUAGUAGGCCUUGUAUUCUUAGCAUCUCUUGCAAUAGUCCUUUGACUUCAAGUGAGAAUUUUCUCUCCUUCUCCACUGAGGACAGGAUCCACCAGAUGUCAAUAGCGUGCUUAUUUUUGCUAAGUGCUAUUUUGGCACCGGUGUUAAUCGCAAUUUAUAGCCUGCAGCAUUUGACGCUGGGAAAAGAACCCACCCUAAUGGUCCCUGAUUGGCAGGACUCGGCUGUUAAGUGGCAGACCAUAUGCUGCCUGCCGAGAAGACAGCGAGACGGUGAGUGCUCGUGCCUACGUACGGGUGUCUAUGUGCUAGUGCGUGUGUGCGUGCGUGCUUGCGUGUGUGUGCACGUGUACCUACCUAUAGGUGCGUAUGUGCAUGUAUGUGCGCGCAUGUGAGUGUACGUGUGUGUGUACCUGCAUGUAUGUGCACAUGGGCUUGCUUCUUCUGGUGUGUGUUCUCUGUGUUGGAGUGAGAAGGUAGAGAGGAGGGAGAGUCUUUUGUAAACAGAAAUCCCCUGACCUCCACAGCUACCUGUUCCCCUGCCUCCUCCCAGCCCUGGCUGCUCCUGCCCAGACCUUGUGUUCAUCGAUUUGUUCAUUUUGUUUUCCAAGACAGGGUUUCAUUGUGUAGCUCCGGCUGUCCUGGAACUCACUCUGUAGAUGACCAGGCUGGCCUCUAACUCACAGAAAUCCUCCUGCCUCUGCUUCCCAACUGCUACGAUUAAAGGCGUGUGCCACCAGUGCCCAGCUAGUCCUUGUGUUUUAUGUCCUGCUUUAAUGCCGUAUCUCCUAACCCUGUGGCUUGGCACAUACCAGCAAGCCAUAUUGGGCUCACUGAGUGGCUUUUCUCAUUUUCUCUCCUUUUAAAAUUCUAUGUGUGUAUGUGUGUAUGCAGGUCUGUGUGUGCCCCCACUCAUGUGUUGAGGGCAGAGGACAAUCUUUGGUGUCCCUUUUCACCCCCGCCUUGUUUGCUGCUGUGUACACUAGGCUAGCCCACCCAUGGACUUCCCAUCUCCAUCUCCCAGCUUGUGAUGGGAGUUCUGUGAUGACCCAUGUGCACCACCACUUCUGGGGAUCUGAACUCAGGUCCUCACGCAACAAGUACUUUACCCACUGAGCCAUCUCCCCAACUCGCUUUCCUGAUCUCAUAGGGAGGAAUUUUAUCGCCCAGAGUGAGGAGUGCUUUGCUCUUAAAUGACAGGGUCAGGCUUUGUCCUGCAAUUGGCUCUUGGAGGCCCUGUAACAAGGCCUCGAGGUCUAGGCCCAGGCUGUGGCCAGCAGAGGACUGGGCCCAGACACAAUCCACUGGGUGUCUCUCACAUUGGCAUCCAGGGUAGAUUCAGUGUCUGUCUACCGCAUCAGACCCAGAGUUAAAAGCUAAGUUCUCAGCAAGAUGAUAUGUAGGCCCAGAGAGAGGGGUCUGUGGGAAAGACAGGCCCAGGCAGUGGAGGAGUGAGUGCCAAGGGCCAGGCCUCUUGAGCCAAGGCUGAACCCUCGAGGAGGAUGGACAGUCACCCUAACACCCCUUCCGAGAGAUGCCAGUAUGCCGCCUCCUCCUCCAGCCUUUGCUGUGACUUGCCCCUUUGAAGAGGUGGAAAUUGCUGUCUCACAAGGAAAAAAGAAGCCAAGUGUGAUGGGGAAUGUGAGGUGGAAGCAAGAGAAUCAGGAGUUCAAGGCCAGCUUCACCUAUAUAUGAAUUUGAAACCAGCCCAGGUUACAUGAGACUAUGCCUGAAGAGAUGAGGGAGGGAGGGGGGAAAGAGAGAGAGAAAUUUUGAAUGGGGUCCUAUACGCUGACCUCUUCCUGUGGAUGUGACCAGUUCAUUGGUAAUUAUUAUUAUUAUUGUAUUAUUAUUAUUAUUUUGGUUUGAGACAGUUUCUCUGUAGUUUUUGGUGCCUGUCCUGGAACUAGCUCUUGUAGACCAGGUUGGCCCCGAACUCAGGGAGAUCCGCCUGUCUGCCUCCCGAGUGCUGGGAUUAAAGGCAUGGGCCACCACCACCCGGCCUGGUACUCGCAGUUAUUAGCAGCACCCACUGCACUGCUGUAGGGGCUUUGUGACUGGUCUCAUCUGCAUUUGGGCCCGCAGGGCACAGUAGAAGUUGCUAGGCUCUUGUGUUACUACUGCGUGGAGUCUAGACCAGCCAUGGGUCCUAUGCUGGCUGCUCAGUCGUCACACCGUACAUCUCUGGAGGCCCACCAGUGGGGGGUGCUUUUCUUUGAAAGCUCAGACCCACCAGGAGCUUGCUUGGCUGCACCUGCCCUGCCCUGCCCUAGCCAGACCUGGCAGGCUGCAACGGGUCAGGGAGACCAGCACUGCUGCUAAUGCUGGCCUGGGAUCUGCCUCAACCUGGGGGUGCAGACGGGGCAGGCUCAGCUCCAGCCAAAGCCCUGACCUCUGUGUUAUGGGUUCAUGGGUUGUUCAUGGGUUGUUCAUGGGUUGCUUUGCAAGGAAUGUGUGUACAAACAAAGGUUUCCAUAGCAGAAGUGUGCGUGCAUCUGUAGGUGUGUCUGGUGUGUGCACACGCAAGAGCACGCGUCUGGGUAAUGCCGCUUCUGACCAUGACGCAGUGUGUGUGACUUUAUUUGGCACCACCUCAGUUGAGUGUUUAUUGUUUCAGGGCAUGGAAGGCCUUGUGACCAGGUGCUAAGUGACCAUUCCCCCCCUUUUGGUGACUGACUGCCCGGACUCCUGUCUAUCUGGGAGAACUGCCUGUGUGGUUGGUAUCUGGUAGUGACACACCCAGGUGUCACUGUGGUGCUGACAAACUGCAUUCUGAAUGGCUGUUUUUAUGUAAAUCUGUGGCAUGUGGAAAAUCUCAAAUAAAAUGAAC